AUGACUAUUAUUUCCUCUGAGAAUGCAAAGGAAUACUCAAGCCACGUUGAGCCAUUUGGUGAUGGGCACAAGAUUACACUGAAGUCACCGAACCUACGCGUGUCGUUGCUGACGCAGGGUGCCACGGUUUUCUCUGUGCAGUACCGCGUACCGCAGCUGGCUGGCGGGGACGUUGCUGACAAGGAUGGGUGGGUGGAGCUGGUACUUGGACUUGACGUACCGGAGGAGUUCGCGAAGGACAAAUUGUACAUUGGCAGCACCUGCGGCCGUUACUCUGGUCGCAUUGAAAAUGGUGAGUUUGAAUUGAACGGAAAGUCCUUUAAGCUGCUUCAAAAUGACGGCGAAAAUACGUUACAUGGAGGGCCGGAGGGGUUUUCGUCCCGGCCGUGGAAGUACAUCCUGUUGGAAGGGGAGGAGGAGAUUGGCAUCUCCUUUCACCUCAUAUCGCCUCACCUUGAUCAGGGUUUUCCUGGGGAGCUGUUUGUCACGGCCACCUACGUCAUUUUGAAAAAUGAGCCGGCAACGCUUAAGUGGAAUCUGCAGGCGGUUUUGGCCGCCUCCACCCCGGCGCAGUCCACGGUCAUCAACCUUUGCAACCACAUUUAUUGGAAUCUUAACGGUGUACCGUCACGGCCGCGUCGGCUUCCAGAGCCCAUCACAAACCAUCACAUGCAACUUCACUCCGGCUACGUGGCAGAGAUGCAGGAGCUCAUUCCUACAGGCUCCAUGAAGUCGGUGGAAGGAACGCCGCACGAUUACAAGAAGCUACGCGCGAUUCGUGAAGGCAUGGAGGCAACGCAAGCGGAGGGUCGAGAUCCUCCAGGAUACGAUGAUCCUGUCGCGCUCGACAAGUGGGACUCCAAACUGCAUGAAGCGGGCCGCCUAUUCAGUCCCAAGACAGGCAUCACUCUGCAAUUGGAUACAACGUCACCGGCGGUUGUCGUGUACACUGCGAACUAUCUUCCAGAGAAUGCCAGCGGUGAGGCAGGCGAGCGAUUCCAACGGCACAGUGGCAUCUGCUUGGAGACGCAGUACUUCCCAAACUCGCCCCACAUCCCCUCCUUCCCUAGCACAGUAGUGAGUAAGGGAGAGAAGUACGAUGAGACAACCGUAUGUCACUUUAAGUAUACUCCGAAGAGUUGA